UGGAAUGUCUGGAGUCAGGGGCGGCCAGGGGGGACGAGGGGACUCCCAUCUUUGGAGCAGUCUGCAGAGGAGGCCAGUGGGCCUGGCUAGCCAGAGGAGCCUCCCUGGAGGUGAUCAACACCCAGACUGGGGUCAGACAAGGGGCGUGGUGCUUCGGGAAGUCUCAGAAGGAUCCGCUGGUAACCAUCAGCUGUGUUAAGGAGUAUGACUAUCAGAAAUCUGUCAAGCUUCUGGUGGGUCUCCAGACUGGGGGAGGGCGGGGCAUGGUCUGUGUGCUGGACCCUAACAUCAGUAAGGUCAUCAGGGCAGUGGACUUCCCUCAGAAGGUUUGUUUGUUUGUUUGUUUGUUUGUUUGGUGGGGCUCCAGACUGGGGGAGGGCGGGGCAUGGUCUGUGUGCUGGACCCUAACAUCAGUAAGGUCAUCAGGGCUGUGGACUUCCCUCAGAAGGUUUGUUUGUUUGUUUGUUUGUUUGUUUGUUUGGUGGGACUCCAGACUGGGAGUGGGCGGGGCAUGGUCUGUGUGCUGGACCCUAACAUCAGUAAGGUCAUCAGGGCUGUGGACUUCCCUCAGAAGGUUUGUUUGUUUGUUUGUUUGUUUGUUUGUUUGUUUGGUGGGGCUCCAGACUGGGGGAGGGCGGGGCAUGGUCUGUGUGCUGGACCCUAACAUCAGUAAGGUCAUCAGGGCUGUGGACUUCCCUCAGAAGGUUUGUUUGUUUGUUUGUUUGUUUGUUUGGUGGGGCUCCAGACUGGGGGAGGGCGGGGCAUGGUCUGUGUGCUGGACCCUAACAUCAGUAAGGUCAUCAGGGCUGUGGACUUCCCUCAGAAGGUGACCUCAGUUGAACCAAUCACCAAUGUGGGCGGGGUCAUGACCCCAAAGGGUUUCCUCAGCGACCAGCUCUACAAGUUCUUCUUCGGCAUCGUUGCCGUGGGAACCGUUGGCGGCCACACCUACCUGGUCGACAUGGCAACAGACCAUGAGGAGGAGUCAGACGAGGUCAACCUGAACCACCUGGAGGUCAUCACCAUGGAAACCAGGGACCUAGCAUCCAAGAGAGAAAACGCUCUACACAGAGGAAAACUCUUCUGUUUAGAUAUCACUGCUGACUGCCACAGAAGGGGAACUUUCUACUACCGCACACCAGACGGGAAAAACAUCAACAGCUUUUAUUCCUCCAACGUUGUUGUGAGUUCUCUGCAGUUCCUCAAGAGAACAGGAACUCUGGCUGUGGGCUACAACUUUGGGCAGUUCCAGCUGUGGAGGCUGUCGGGACCUGGACUGGAUUUCAGCAGUAACAUAGAGAACAGCACAUCGGCUGUGACACAUUUCGCCUACCAGGAGCCAGAGAACGAUCCUGGGAACUACUGCUACCU